AUGGCCGAUGCGGGUAGGAAGUCGAGUCCUGUCGCCCCGAGGUCUACCACUGGUCUCGUACCUGCCAGUGCUGACGAUGCCACUUCCAUGAGGUCGCGAAGUAGAAGAGCUCCCGCAAAUAGAGAUGCAAUAAAAUCCCCAGGCUUAACACCCGCCCAGAGUUCUGCACCCAGUAGAGGUGUGAGUCCUAUGCCAUCUCCACACCUCGGGAGCAGCAAACUACUUUCGAGCGGACGGUCGAGUCCUUCUAAUGCCGCAUUCUCACGCGGGCUUCUCGAGGGCUCAUGGACACCGAGCUGGGCAUCCGUUCAAGACUUUGCAUCUUCUUUAUUGGAAGGCGGUUACAGCAGCGAACCUUCACGUCCUAAUAGCCGCAACGGGAAUAAGCCACGACCGAAAUCGAUAUGGAAAGGACUUGGAAGUGGGAUUGCGAAAGCAGGCAAGUCUCCUAACGAUUGGGGACCAGCACCUCCGGCCGAAUCACAACCGGUUGCCGGCGACAUCGGAGCAGGGUCUCUUGCGAAGCGGGAGGCACAGUUGAAAGCUAGGAAAACUGCCAGUGUAUUAGAGAGCUACGAGGGUGUCAACGGUGGUCUGGAUGUGGCUGGGAAAUAUAAGAGGAGGAACUCGGACGAGACUCCACGAGGCGAUACGGAGGCCGUCGAGGAGCAACUGGUCUAUUUGCACCAUGUACAACCCACAGAUACAUAUGCGGGUAUUGUCCUUCGUUACAGAUGUCAGGAACAUGCAUUCAGGAAAACGAACGGUCUAUGGUCACGGGAUAACAUCCAAGUGCGCAAGCAUUUGAUGAUACCCGUUGAUGCAUGCGAGCUCAAGGGCCGGCCGUGCGACCCUCCAUCCCAAUACUCUCAGAAAGUUGAUCUUUUAGCUACUACCCCCAUGACUGCGGACCUCAGAAGCCCUAUCACAUCUACUCCACAAUCGCGACAGACGCACGAUAGUUACUUCGACUCUAUCAGUGGCAAGUCAGCAGGACUUCUUACACAAGGAGACGAGGAACCACUUUGGACCCAUGCGCGAUGGGUCAAACUCGAUUUUUUCCAGGACCCCGUAGAGAUUGUUAGAGUCUCAAGGAAGUCAAUGGGAUAUUUCCCCCCCAGACGAAAGAAGAGUAUUCACACUGUAUCCACCUUCUCAACCCCGCGCCACUCUCUCGACCUAUCAAAAGCCCUAACAAACACGUCCGAAGUCUUCGACAGCCCAGCUCAACUCUCAUCCAGGCGGCAAAGUUCCAUCAGUGCGCGGCCAGCAGCCGCGAGUCUUGGGACUUCCUCGCCCGCUAGAAGCAGAGUCACUAGUCUGGGCGAAGCGGAUAGCGUACCGGCGUGGAUGCGCAGGCCGGGAGGAGUAGGGUCGAUGGGAAGGAGCGUUAAGGCGCCGGGCCCGGCAAAGGAUUACUUCAACACAUGGGUCAACAAGACGCUCCCCGGACUCGGCAUCGAUUCGAUGCCCUCGAUGUCCGUUAUGGGGUCCGAGACCGCGCACUUCGGGUUCAACAAGGCGGCAGAGGAAACAGCCGGGAUCGUGGAAAGCCCCUUUGAAGAGGGUCGAGAAGCUACCUCCCCGCCCGGCAACGGAAUGGGUCUCGAACACGCCGCCGCGUCUAUCGAGUCCUGGCUCCGCGGGGCGUGGGCAAAGCGCCCGGUUACGCCGAGACUGAGCUCCCACAGAAGACCUACCGAGGAUAUUGAUCUCAUUGAGUUGGCGGAUGCGAAUAGCGACGAUGGACGCAGAGGGUUGGAGCCGGGACUCUUAGAUCAGGGUUUCCGCGGGAACGGUGCUACGGGCCGGGGCGAGGGUGAAGGUACGGUUAGGGGCCGUUCGGCGCCGCUGAAUGCGGUUAAUAUGCCGAUCUGCAUCGAAUGCCGGCACCCGGUCAAGACGCUGUGGACGCAGUACUCGGGAGCCGGGGACCCGUCGAGCGGGCACAACAUCCGGCUGACGGUCUACCGCCACCUGCUGCACAACACGCUGAUGCGCGAGCGCGACCAGUUCGACCCGUCUAUUAUACGUCUCGGAACGCUACUGCUGCUCUUCGACGUCUAUCUCACUUGGGCCCGCAUCGAGAAGCAAGCUGCGCCUAACUCGAGUUCUGCUAUGGGAGGAAGUAACCUGGGGGGGCUGGCGCAGCAGCCUAUUGUAUUUCAGUAUCUAUUCUUUCUAAUCCUAUGCACCUUCUCUACGCUCGCCUUCCACCUCAGCAUCCGAUUCCUGACCUCGUCGCCGCUCUCCCCGCUCAAUUUCCUAGGCCUGUUGCCGACGUAUGCGCGGCCCAAUUCGGUAUCGACGGCCCUCCUAGUCUCGUCGUCCACUAAGCUGUUCCCGAUCCUCAUGGUCAUCUGGGACUACGACGUGCCGGCGGCGGCGCGCAGCCUCGGCUGGGCCGUUGUCGCAAACAACGUGGAGGCCCUUAAGAUCCUACUUGACUGCGGGUACGGCGUCGCGCUGGCUCUGGCGGCUGCGGGCGCUGUCGCUCGCUGGUUAGUGGGCAGAGCGGUCUUGUGGGUCGUUGGGCUCGAGGACGUGGACUCGGGGGGCGAGAGCGGCGUUGCGGCUGAUGGAAGAGCGUUGUGGGCGCUGCUCGUGUAUGCGAGGGAAUGGGCGGGGAGGCUGGCUGUUGGGUAA